AUGGCAGUCAUUGUAUUGGUGACCGAAGUAGGCUAUCUAGAGCCAGUACAAACCAGAAAAUUAUUUAUUGGUGGUUUAGACUACUCCGCGACAGAAGAUUCACUAAGAAAUACAUUUGAGGUAUGGGGUGAAAUUGUAGAUGUUGUUGUCAUCAAAGACCCCAUAACAAAGAGAUCUAGAGGAUUUGGCUUUGUGAUCUAUUCUAAAUCGUCUAUGGUUGAUCGAGCCAUGUCAAACGGGCCACAUAAUGUAAAUGGUCGUAACGUGGAAACCAAGCGAGCAGUAUCACGUGACGAUAUUGAUAAGCCUAAUAGCAAAAUUGCUGUAAAAAAAAUGUUCAUUUAUGGUAUAAAAGAACAAUCAGAAAUCAAUCUUGUCGAAUAUUUUAAAAAGUUUGGAAAUAUCAUUCAUAUAAAAAUUGUAACAGCUAAAAAUUCAGGUGAAAGAAAAGGAUAUGGAUUUAUUGAGUAUGAUAAUACCAUUUCAGUUGACCAAGCUACUCGAAUCAAAAGUCAUCUAGUCGCUGGAAGAAAAUUGGAAGUGUCAAAAGCAUUUACUCAAACUGAUAUCUCAGGUUAUCGCAGUGGUCGAUAUAGCGGUAAUGGUGAUAAUGGAGUUAAUAGAAGUAGCAGGAGAGUAAAUUCACGAUACGGAAAAUGGCGAGGAUAUCAUAACAGUUAUGGAAUUAAUAGAACUAGAGGAGGAUAUGGCUCUGUCGGAGGCGGUGAUGGGUAUAUCGGUAGUGCAGGUGUGUACAAUUCAAAUCCUGGUAGAGCUUGGCAAGAUGUUCAUCAAAGAUUGGAUUACAAUAAUAUAGUACAUGGCAACCUAAUAGGUAGUGGUUGGGAAGGAAAUCCUGGUAGAGCCUGGCAAGGUGUUCAUCAAAGAUUGGGUUACAAUAAUCCAGUACAUGGCAACCUAAUAGGUAGUGGUUGGGAAGGAAAUCCUGGUAGAGCCUGGCAAGGUGUUCAUCAAAGAUUUGAUUACAAUAAUUCAGUACAUGGAAACCUAAUAGGUCGUGAUUCGAGAGGUUCACAACAACAUAGCAUAAACUUAGGUGCAAAUCAAAGUUAUGGGCUUCAACAUUUUUAUUGUACAACUAACAAUCGCGCUACACCUUAUGGAAAUUCAAGAGCUAAUUAUCUAAGAGGUGGUUAUGCUGGCAAUGGCCAAUAUCCUGGUCGUCAGUUGUACUACAUACAAUAA